GAAGCCGCGAGGGAGAAUGAAUUGUGUGUACGGAAGUAGUAGUAGAGCAGUUUACCAGAACUCUGGCUCUCUAUGUUAAACCAUAGUAUGCUUGCAUUACAACUCAUGUCCUGAAGAACAUGUCAAGCGAUUCGUCGCAGAAGAAAUCAGGUCACCUCUACUUGAGAGGGUAUCUGAGAUUGCGUUUCGUGAUUUAGUGUGGGGGAACGGGACGGAUUUGACUUGAGCCAUGGGGUCCGAAGAUGUAUUGAGAAGUGCGUCUACCCUGGCGUCUUACAAUGUUCUGUUACAGGUGAUGUUUCGCUUACUGACAUUCUUCCUGAACGCGUUUACACUGAGAUUUGUGUCAAAGGAGUUGAUUGGCGUCGUGAAUGUCAGGUUAAUGCUGCUGUACUCUACAUUGGUCUUCCUGUCCCGAGAGGCCUUCAGGAGGGCGUGUCUUAGUGGUGGAGGGGAGGAUUCCAACUGGAGACAGAACAUCAAUCUCCUGUGGCUCACGUUUCCCUUGGGUUGUGUGUGGGGUGUGCUACUGGUGGGCGUGUGGGCGUUUGUCCUGCAGGCCCCAGACCCCCAGGCCGUCCCACACUACCUGCCCGCUGUGUGCCUCUUCUGCUGGGCAGCGAUGCAGGAGCUGCUGGCCGAACCACUCUGGGUCCUAGCACAGACGCACAUGCUUGUGCAACUCAAGGUUAUAGCAGAGAGCUUAGCCAUGGUGGCUAAAUGCAUUGUAACCGUGGUUAUGGUUGUGUGUGCCCCAGUAUGGGGGCUCUACAUCUUUGCUGCAGCUCAGUGUGUGUACUCAGGGUUCCUGGUGUUGUGUUACGUUGUCUACUUUACGAGGUUCCUGGGCUCAGCAGAGGCAGAGAAGAAGGGCUUCCCCCUGCAGAGCAUCACAGAGACGCUUCCGGGCAGAACACAGGGAGAGUCUAUGAUCAACUUGAAGCUGGCCAGGCUGACAUGGAGUUUCUUUAAGCAGUCCUUCCUAAAGCAGAUCCUCACUGAAGGGGAACGCUAUGUGAUGACCUUUCUGAAUGUGCUCAACUUUGGAGACCAGGGUGUGUAUGACAUUAUAAAUAAUCUGGGCUCCAUGGUUGCACGGUUCCUCUUUCUCCCCAUAGAGGAGAGCUUCUAUGUCUUUUUCGCAAAAGUGCUCGAGAGAGGGCAGACUGUCCAUCAACAGAAACAAGGGGAGGUUGCCAUGGCAGCAGAUGUGCUGGAAUGCCUGCUGAAGCUGGUGCUUGUGAUAGGUCUGAUCAUCACCGUGUUUGGCCAGGCCUAUUCUCAUCUGGCACUGGACAUCUACGGGGGAGACCUGCUGAGCAGUGGGACAGGUCCCUCUCUCCUGAGAUGCUACAGUGCUUAUGUUCUGCUGUUGGCUGUGAAUGGAAUCACAGAAUGCUUCACUUUCGCUGCCAUGAGCAAGGAGGAGGUGGACCGGUAUAACUUUGUCAUGCUCGGUCUGUCUGUGUGCUUCCUGCUGCUCUCCUAUUGGCUGACGGGGCUGUUAGGGGGCGUUGGCUUCAUCCUGGCCAACUGCUGUAACAUGUCCUUGCGGAUCACACACAGCUUGGUGUUCAUGCACCGCUACUUCAAGGCAUCUCCCUACACCCCACUGGUUGGACUUUGGCCUCGUCCUGCCCUGCUGGGCAGCCUGGCUGUCAGCUACGCCCUUACAACGGUUUCCGAGAGUGUGUUAUGCUGUGAUGGGGGCUGGUUGCUUAGGCUAGUUCACAUCGCCGUGGGUGGGGUCUGUUUGCUUGGAGUGAUGGCCACUGCAUUUGUCACCGAGACGCGGCUUGUGGAGUUCAUUAAAUCGCAGCUGCUGCCCAGAUACAGCAAAAAGCACACUUGAAACUCUGACCACAGAACUCCCUCUCACCACUGCAGAACUGUGGGCACUGUGCUGGGGGGGCUGUUCCACAAAGCUGGAUCACUCAGUUAGCCUGAUAAUGGCAUAACCUGAAACAGAACACUCACAUUGCUUAUGUUAUCUCAAGUUUUUGGAUAAGACAGAGGUUAGUCCACCAAGCAAGAUCAAUGCAAGAUCCUAAUAGAUGCAUUUAAUAACACCUGCAACCGAACAUAUUGCUUCGGUCCAUCUCCAGAGUUUUGCUGUUUCCAGGUCUAGCCCAGCAUAGUUAUCCAGCUAGCUCAGGCACUAUGAAGACGUGGCACAUGAGUUUGGCAUCAGAGACUCAUCGCACCCAGUGUGGGGAUUUGAGGAGGACCUUUAAAGCAGCACUGUGUCUGUGAUGUCAUUUAUAUUUUUAUAUGUGGCUCUAAUUUGUAUGUAAUAUAAUAUAAAUCAGUCAAUAAAAGAGGGCUAAGGAA